UCAAAAUCCACCAACGUAAUGGAACCCGACCAGGCACAAUUUGUUGUGGAUUACUAUCCUGUCGAUCUCCCUCUGGAUUACCACACCUUGAGGAAAAGUGCAGAGAAUUUCUUGUCAUGUUUGGAAUUAAACUCAAUCCGCGAAAAUUAUUUUCUUCUGCCGAGUGGCGAAAGGAUGACAGUAACACGGGACAGUGUGUGUCAGCUUCCACUCUUCAGUGAUGAUGACCCAGCGUGUGCGGUUUUGGCUCUGCACAUGCCCGAGGACCAAACACACGUGCUCGCACUCUUCCUGGAUGGGAGAUGGUGGGCCCUGAACGAUAUUUUAAAAACAUCUAACUCGUCCCGGUCUGGACUUAUGCUGGUUGAGUCUGCUGAGGAAAGAGUGGUACUCUUUGUGCUCAGUCAGAUCAUUUUUGGGACUUUGGAGCGACCUAUAAGUGAGGCCAUUUACUUUAGCCCUCACCCCGAAAAGGAAACCGGCAAAAUUCUCUGGGUUAGUGGGGAAGCUGUCGGUUUCUACACGAUCAAGGAGAAAGGCAGGCUGUGUGACCAAUAUACCGCUCAGUGCUAUCUGCUGCCUGUACUGGACACUAUAUUUGUCCGAAGCUCGUGCAGGAGGCGGGGUUUUGCACUAAGGAUGCUGGGAGAUUUCUGCUCAUCGUUCUCCAAAGAGAGAGUGGUGGGCAUCAGCUACCCUGUAUCAGCUGACAUGUACCAGGUGUGUAGGAAAUAUCUGAGCACCCACGAUGCCGAGCAAGAGCGUCUCUAUGAGGUGGAGGCACCAGGAGACUGGAGCCAAAGGCGAAAUGUAUGGCUAAUCCUGCAGCUGGACUGUAACCCUUAGGCCUGUGUUUAUUGGCUUAUAUCAUAGACGUGGACCCGGGCAAAUCCAGGCAAAGGUUGACCGAUGUAAAUGCCUUCCAUAAUUCAGAAGUAGACUGGAGCAGUAAGUCCAGGAAAUAAAUGUGGGUUACAGUCUACUGAUGCUUCAGUGUAUAGGAUCUCUUUGUUUUUGUCAUUUGUCUAGAAAAUGAUAAAAUAUGAAACAUGACUGA